CAGAUGUAGUGGGGUCCUUGGGUACGGUGCUGAUAACCCUCUCUAACUACUAUCUGUACAGUUGUCAUGGAAGAGUCCGAUACAAAUAUAAAAGGAAAGUCACAUGCGUGAAUGAAUGAAAAUAGUAAGGAAAAUAAAGAAAAUGUCAGAUCUCCUCAACCAAUCCACCAAAUCCGACGAUCUUGGACUCGUCAGAACCACCUCCACAGUCUCUACAACUCCUACUAUUACCACAACUCACCAAUCCUAGUCCCUGAUGCAGUAGGGGGUGAAAUGUGUGAUAAGGGUUGGUUUGACCUGCACGGACUUGUCCCCACAACAUCGGCUAGGGCUUUCUGGGAUUCAGCGUCACAGUUCAGGGCAGGAGUGAUGUUGAGGUCUGUUAGUAGGGUGGCUAGUUUAGUUUUGGUUGCAUUUGGGAGGCCCUCUUUUUUGUACUCAUCGGUGAUGUCUUGGUAUUUGUGUGCAUGGCUUACUAUGUUGUCGAGGAGGCAGUCAACAGUUUUGAUGUACCUUUGGUGUCUUUCGCUUGGGGUUGCAUCUUCUGCAUCCCAGCUUAUGUUGGUGUGGGUUCUGUAUGCCACCCUUGGGGUGGCUGGUGAGGAGUUUGGGGAGUUGUCAGGAGAGAAUAUUCUUUUUCUCUUCUUGGGCGUGGAUGGGACUGCAGGCGGGUCAGGGCUGUGGCUUGUUCUCCCCGGCGACACGCUUCGGGAGCGAGGCCCUUCUGGCAGAAGGGUCAGUGUCUGGUUCAUGUAGCGACUUACCUUGGAAUUUUUUGUUUUGUUCUGGUUGGGUGGCCAAGCGUAGCUUUCGCGGGCGUUGUGCCUGAAGGUUUGUAGGGAGGGCGGUGCCUUCCAAUGGUUGAUGAUUGGUGCCUGCAGGGAACAGCCUCAGCUGUAUCUAUGAGCGUCUAAAAUGCGAACACGCGUUUCCGAGCACGAUGGGGUUGCUGCUUGUGGGGUCGGUCGCACGGGACCUCUUUAGAAAUUCGGCUCCUUUCAAUGGAGUUGAGUAAACCACAACUCCGCCGCAUGAGAACGAAAUCUGAAUUGUUUGGUCAGAACACGUGAUGUAGC